UUUGACAGCGUCUUCGACGAGACCUCUAGCAACCAGCGCGUGUUCGACACGCUCGUCUCGCCUCUUGUACACAAGAUGAUCGAUGGCUACAAGUGUGUUUGUGUUGCUUACGGUCAGUCCGGAGCCGGCAAGUCUCACACCAUGGGGACUGACUCGUCGUCGCUCGACAGCGGAUGCAUCAGCCAAGCAUGCCGGCAGCUGUUUGACUUCAUGAGCGCAGACACCUGUCGAUGUACAUGGAGUGUCAGCGCGACGUGCCUGGAGCUGAAGGAUGAUGCAGUCAGGGAUCUACUUGAAGCUGAUCCUGCG